AAGAUAAAGUAAAAGAGAGAAAGAGAGAGAGAGAGAGAGAGUCGUUCUCGACGAAGAACCAAUACUACGAUCCCUUUACAAACGGACUCACGGACUCGUAAGACCUCCUUCUCUUUGGACGUAGUAUAUCGUAGUGAGUUCUCGAUGGAGAGAGACGCGCUUUACGGACCUUCAACCCUUUCUGAAUUUGCUCGUAAGCCCAAGGGACCCACCUGGACUCCUCUCUACCACUACCGAUCGGCCACGCUGCUCGUACUACCACUGUCACCGUUGCCACACCACCACUACCGGCGCACGUCGCUGCACUCAUUGGAUACAUUAGAGUAUCGCUGAUGUGCCACCACUACCAACGUGCCGGCAACCACCACCAUCGCCGCCACCUCCUGUCGACCAUCCGACUCUACCUCUCUUCGCGCUUACCUAGGACCAGACAGAGAAAGAGGGAGCGCGAGCGAGGGGGAGAGUGAGAGCGGGAGAGAGAAAGAAAGAGAGAGAAAGAGAGAUUGAUUGAGAGAAAGAGAGAGGUAGAGAGAGAGUGAGAGAGGGUCCCGGCUUUGCGCAAAAGUUACGACGGAGCGAAGAGCAGUGAGACACACCGCGGAGACCGGAAGAGAACCCUCUCUCCCUGAAGAAGUCUUCUGACAAGAGGAGCGAAAGAGAGAGAAAGAGAGAAAGAGAGAGAGAAAGAGAGAGAGAGAGAGAGAGAUUAAAAAAAGAGGGAGGUGGACAGAGAAAAGAGAGAGAGAGAGAGAAAGAGAGAGAAAGACAGAGAGAGAGAGAGAGAGAGAGAAAAAAAAGAGAGAGAGAGAGAGAGAAAGAGUUACAGUAAACAGACUUGCAGAAAACAUACGUCGUUCUAAUCGAGAGUGUCACCGCUUGUGCGAGCGCGGAAGUGAGUUACAGACCAUCACGAAAACCGACAACAAGCAUCCUCGCACCUUGUUGCAUGGGGACACGUGCUGCGACGUCUUCUCCUCUUGAAAUAUCCCGCAGGAUCAACUCGUUCGGAUCUCUUACCGUCACUUGUGAUCAAAGCGACUUUUCACCGUGGACCCUUUCAGACAGCACCUCGUCAUGUUGUCAUCCUCAACAUUUUUGCGCGUGACAUAUUUGAAAAUACUACCCGUGUGACACGUGAUUACUCGCACGUGUUUUCGCCAGCACACGUGCUUCUCGAUCGGACACAUCCAAGAGGGAAGAGACUCGAGAAAGGUGUACGAAAGCCUUUUGACAGUUCCAGCUUGCGUGUCAAGACUUAGCCGCUGUCUUUCGAAAGUUCGAUUUGGUCCUGUGAUGAUUGACGCUUGUCGAGAAGAGACAUAAGGAAGUGAGAAAGGAGCAGCGGGAGGAGAAAAGGAGAAAAAAAAGAAGCGAGGGGAGAAAAUUGAGGAAGAGGAAGAAGAGGAAGAAGAAGCAGAAGAGGCCUCUAAGCGGAGACCAGGACUCGCCGCACGCUCGCCGCUUACGUAUCAGCAAGAGCGGGCCGCGUUGUGUAAGAGCUGAAAGUAAAAGUUGAAACCGCCGUGACUCGAGCUCGCGGGAGCGCGUGCUGCGCGCGCUAAAAUCCGAUCCUGCCUCUCGUAAGCUGCGGGCACAGCCGAAUAUCUCUUGCCUCUCUCUUUCUACUCGUCUUUCUCCGGUGACUUUUCUGUGUUCUUUCUCCUAAAGAUAGACGGAAAAGAGAGACAGAAGUAGAGAAGGAGAGAAAGACAGAAAGAGAGAAAGAAAGAGAGAGAGAAAGAGAGAGAGAGCUCGCGCGCGGGUGUGUGUGUGUGAUAUAUACGUGUGUCUGCGCGUCCGGAUUCGCAUAAUCGCGGACGCCUCUUGGACGCCCUUGACGAGAAACGCCGCGGAGGACGUGGAGGAUCUAUCCGUGGAAGUCGGAGAGGGCGUGCUAGGGAAAGAACAAGGUGAAGAGAGAAGAGGGACGGCGCUCUCCGUUGAUUGCGUAACGACGUUUUCUAGUCCGCUGCUUCGCGAAAUACGCUCGCGCGGUAUUUCGCUCGCGCGCUCGCUCGCGGAGGUGGUGUAUCUGCGCGCGUGGUGUCCCGUCGUUGUCGUCGAAAAACGCGAGGUACAUAAUCGCGGUGGUAACAGCGCGAGAACGAGCGAUGGAAAGUAAUAGCGCGUUUCACUCCGUCCAGGGCGAAACGCGAGUGUUCAAGGUCACCGUCGUUGCCAUAUCCCACCGGUAAUCCCUCCAUUUCCGGAGUUAGCGGAGAGAGCGGUCUUUAUCAACGUCAUCAUCAUUAUCAUCAUCGUCGUCAUCAUAAUUAUUAUCGUUAUUGCCGUUGUCAUCGUCAACUGGGUAGCACCACCGCGGUGGAAGGACUCGGCGCGGAAUUUGCGUGCGAAUUUAACCUGUCUCUCUCUCUCUUUCUCUCUCGGUUCGCGAUCGACAGCGCGCUCGCUUUUACCUCGCCGCCUCGUCCGGGCGCAAGAAGUUUCGCAAAAGGGAUUACAACACGCAGAAGAGAAAGGAGACAAACAGACGGAAAGGGAGACGCGGAAGGGAAAAGGACAGCGAAGAAAGAGAGAGACAGACCAAGACGGAGAGGGAGACAAGGGGCAAGAGGAGGAGGAAGAAGAGGAGGAGGAGGAGAAGGAGAGGAACAUACCGCGAUACGACACCCGUGUGCGGGAAAACCGCAGGAGGAGGACACGGAUCUCUCGCGCGGAGGACGGGAGUCCUCGCGACCGUCGCGUGGUUCGACGACGAGGACGAGGAAGGCCGGAGGAAGUCGGAGGGCUCGCUCUCUCGGAACGAGGAGAAAGAGGCGGAGGGCAGACGGACCGUGUAGGACGGGUCUGAAAGACGAUCCGGAUGUGGCGAGAGCCGCUCGCUUUCCGCUCUACCGCUCUCCCGUCGAUCGUUACCGACAUUGAAUUCGCGAAGGAGAGCAUCGUCGCCGUCGUCCGUUCUGUCGCGCGGGAAAUUUGCUAAUUCGCGAUAAAGGCAUUCGUCGGAGAACCGCCACCACGGGGGGGACGCGCGACUCGAGACAGAAUUAAAAGCGCGUUUAAAAAGGUUAGCGGAAUAAAAAAGGCGCGCGCGCGAAAGGAUAAGAGAAAGGAAUAGGAGCCACCUCCGAGUCCUUGAGAGUACCCAACGAGUAAAAGUGCCGCGCGCAGAGAGCCAGCCGGUUGACCCUGGACAGUCAACGGAGCAGACUUCGCGAAAAAAGUUCUUCGCUCACCGUCAUCGUCGUCGUUAUCGUUGCCGUUGCCCUUCGUCGAGGGGAAACGUCAUCGCGGAAGGGUCGUCCUCAAGAAUCUGCUCGUUCCGCGCAAUCCAUUUAUCGGGUACGACGCGCGUUGCGCGUACCACGUGUGUGUGACAUCGCGCGAGCGCGCGUUCGAAAGAGAGGCCGAACGGAACGCGACGACGAGGUGGAUCGGAGGAAACAGCUGACCGCGAAGGAAUCAGCCGAGGGUCAACAAAAAUCCGACGAUCUCGUCCAACUGGAUCUCGAGAUUAAUUCUCCUUUGAUUUUUCGCCGAAGAACCAAGUGCAAAGUGUGAUACAUAAAGUGUCGCCGAUUUUUCUCGACAAUCCGAAUUGGAGUACCUUUCGUGCUUGAGUUUCUCUUUCUCGUUCGACGUUGUUGCUACUGAUCUGUUUUCUCUCGUGCUCUCAGUGGGUGAUCCAUGCCGUGGAGUAUCAAUGUACGUCACGUGUCCACAGCGUCGUUCACGUUGCCGCUGUCACGGGAUCUCGGCUCGUCGUCGCCGGCUCGCAAGGAGGAUGCCUCCACGUGAUUCCACGAGAUAAUCCCGAGGGAUAUAUAUAUAUAUAUAACGCGUCGCGUCGCUCAUCCUGGAUACCGAUCGCACGUUGGAUAGCAGCAGAAAAAGCGUAAGACGAUGUAUACUGACGGUCUCCUGACCCUCCACUAUGGGAAACAUCCAGCGACCUUGGCCGCAGAGGUCGGGGCCUGGUACAGCGGGGACCGUCACGUGGACGUAACCCUGGCAUGCGACGAUGGGUCCGUCGUGAAGGCCCAUCGCGUCGUUUUGGCAGCGGCGAGUCCCCUUUUAGCUAGUCUACUUCGGAAUCCUGUUCUGGACCAUGUGGUUCACUUGUCUGGCGUCCGAAAGACUCAAUUGAAUCAUUUGUUGGAGUUUUUGUACAACGGAGAAGCGCUGAUACCGUCGACAGAGCUUACACCGUUGAAGGAGCUUUUCGAGCUUCUACAAAUUAAUUCGGAGCUAUUUGGGCCGAAUCAACCUCAAACUUCUAGUAAUUCUGAUCCCGAAAGAAUAUCGACUCCACAGCCUUCAGAAGGGCAAGAGAGUUCCAGUUAUGAAUCCCAAUAUGAUGGCAGACAGUCCAAUAAUCUCGCGGACUGUUGCUCGGUUCUUAUUAAAACGGAAGGCUGCGAGGAGGAGCCGGAAGUGGAUGUGGAAGGUGUGGAAGGCGAGAGUCUUCUUAUGGACAACAGAGAGAGCAACAUAGAAGCUCCUAGAAGAAGGGAUAGCUCCGAUCCUGUUAAUUUGAGUCUCAAUUCCGGCGCUUCCGUCACGAGCGACGGCUCGCAUGAUGUACACAGGCCUGAGAAGCAGAUAUUCGAAAGGCGAGAAUCUCUCGAGGAAGCCGAAGAGAGGAAGCGACAGCUGGUGGCGCGGUUGGCUCUAGGUUUAGAAGCCGGGAAGAGGAAACCUGAGGAGAUACCGAUCCCACCUGCGGAGGCGUACGUCGUGACGCCUCAUCGCAAGCGAAGGCCAGGUUUCCACAACGCUCCCGCGCAAAAUCCUGCCUUCGUACCCUUCAAUCCUGGCUUCGAAACGCCCAGGAGAUUGCAGGCGCCACAUCAGCUAAGCGUUUCGGCACCACCGUACCUGGUAAGCUACGCGCCACUGUACCCGCAGGAUAGGUCGGCGACAUCGCCGUCACAUCGACCGCCGAGCGCCGAUCCGGCGUCGGCGGCGGCCCUGGAGCCACCCUGGGGUACCUGGGCCAUGCCACCCACCCGAGCACCACCGCCGCCGCCGUCGACGGACGACCCGCCCAAGUCCACCCCCGUACGUGAAUACCGGUGCAGCUACUGCGGCAAGCAAUUCGGCAUGUCGUGGAACCUGAAGACUCACCUGCGAGUGCACACGGGCGAGAAACCAUUCGCGUGUAGACUCUGCGUUGCCAUGUUCAAGCAGAAGGCGCAUCUGCUGAAGCAUCUCUGCUCGGUGCAUCGUGGCGUGAUAGCUGCUCCGGACAAUACGUUCUCGUGCUGCUUCUGCUCGUCGUCCAACUUCGUCAAUCUGCAGGAUCUCAUCAGGCAUCUCUCGGGGCCGCACAAUAAUCUACUGCUCAGCAGAAAUCUACAUCGCGAGUACAAUCACGAAUAGCGACAAGAUCAAAGGCCAUCCGGUGCUGAGGAGUGUUCCUCGAGCGCUCAAUGAUGAAUCCCUGGAGCAGGCUUCUCGACGCUCCUAGGAUUUUUAUUUCAUGACGCGAUCGAGACACUCGACUUUUAUUCGGAUUAUUUGAAAAGUUACGGGCUGUGAUAUCCAUAAAAUUAUCACUCAGGAAUCUUUUUUAAAUUAUUGUACAAAAAAUUUACAGUUUAAAAAUGGAUGCGAGAUCUUUACAUUUUGAGAAAUAAUUUCUUUUUUCUAAAACUUUUUAUCAUACCGUCAAAAAAGCAACGAAAACUUAAUUUACAGAUUAAUUUUGGAUAGUCCAGCCACAGAGUUAUUUUGAUCUGUGAAUAUAAUAAAGAAUAAUAUGUGCCUUCAUUCACAAGUAAAGUGCGGAAGGCAAGAACAAGAGCGAUUUAUAUCCAAAAACUAUUUUAUCACAAAGAUUCAUACAAGAAUUUAUUUCUAAAUU